CCCACCGUGCCGUCUGGUGCCACCCUGGAUGGGGCUGCGUCGGCGCGGGCGGGCACACUCUCUGGCCAGCCCAGUACCACGCCCGCUGCCAUGAAGCCUAAGAACACCGUGGAGAUGCUGCUGAGGGCGCUGGGGAGGCGAGAGAGCACCCGGGUGCCAGGCUCCAGCAGGCCGGAGAAAGUGCCCGAGCCGCACAGCUUCAAGGAGAAGGCCUUUAAGAAGAAGAAGAGAGCGUGUGUGGUGUGUAAGGAAUCCAUUGAGGCGCUGGGCCUCAUCUGCCAAGCCUGCAAGAUCACCAGCCACAAGAAAUGCGAAGCGAAGGUGGUGUCAUCCUGCCAGCCCCUUCCCCCGCCUGAAUUGAGGCGGAACACUGCUCCGGCCCGGCGCAUCGAGCACUUGGGCUCCACCAAAUCCCUCCACACCUCGAAGCAACGGAGCACGCUGCCCAGGAGCUUCAGCCUGGACCACGUAAUGGAGCGCAAGUACGACUUCGACCUGACCUACAUCACCGAGUGCAUCAUCUCUGUCUUCUUCCCCCCGGCCCUGGAGGAGCAGCGUUACCGCGGCAACCUGCGGGAGGUGGCGCAGAUGCUGAAGUCCAAGCAUGAGGAUAAGUAUACGCUUUUCAACCUGUCCGAGAAGCGCCAUGACAUCAGCAGGCUGAACCCCAAGGUUCAGGAUUUCGGCUGGCCGGACUUGCACGCUCCCCCGCUGGACAAGAUCUGCUCCAUCUGCAAAGCCAUGGAGACCUGGCUGAACUCGGACCCCCAGCAUGUCGUGGUGCUGCAUUGUAAGGGCAACAAGGGCAAGACGGGCGUCAUCGUGGCCGCCUAUAUGCACUACAGCAAGAUCUCUGCCAGCGCGGACCAGGCGCUCAGCACCCUGACCAUGCGGAAGUUCUGCGAGGACAAAGUGGCCGCGUCCCUGCAGCCAUCCCAGAAAAGGUACAUCAGUUACUUCAGCGGGCUGCUGUCGGGCACCAUCAAGAUGAACAGCAACACCCUGUUCCUGCACCACGUCCUCAUUCCCGCCAUCCCCAACUUCGAGGCCAGUGGAGGCUACCAACCCUUCCUGAAGAUCUACCAGUCCAUGCAGCUCGUCUACACCUCAGGGAUCUACAGCAUCCCGGGCCCUGGCCCCCAGAAGCUUUGUGUCACCCUGGAGCCAGCCCUGCUGCUGAAAGGGGACGUGAUGGUGAAGUGCUACCACAAGCAGACCUGCAGCUCUGACCGGGAUGUGGUUUUCCGCGUCCAGUUCCACACGUGCACCAUCCACGGAGCCCAGCUCUGGUUCGGGAAGGAUGAGCUGGAUGAGGCCUGGCAAGACGAGCGCUUCCCCUUCGAAGCCAGCGUGGAGUUCAUCUUCUCUUCCGGACCCGAGAAGAUGAAAGGCCUGGAGACUUUACGGAACAGCCCAGCUAUCACAGUGGAUUAUAACAUCUCCGAUCCCAUGGUGCGCUGGGACUCCUACGAGAACUUCAACCUCCAUCACGAGGACAGCCUGGAAGACAUGGCCCACACCCGCGGCCCCCUCGACGGCAGCCUCUACGCCAAGAUCAAGAAGAAGCGGAACCUGAGCGGCUUCUCCGGCGGCGGCGGGAGCCCAGCCAGCGCGGACUCCACCCAGCCAGGCAGCCGCUUCCUCUCCGUCAGCAGCGACUCGGGCCACUCCUCCAUGCUGGCCGAACCCUCCCCUCCCGCCAAGCUGCUGCCCACGCCAGCCGAGCGGGAGGAGCUGGACAGGCUGCUCGGGGGCUUUGGGGUCAAGGCCAGGCCGGAGACCCCCAAGCAGCAGAGGGGGGCAUCCCCGCACCAGGAGCUGGGGGGAUGCCCGCACAGCAAUGGGGCCCGGGACAGGGAGACGGCCAUCUUGGAAGACGACCUGGUGGAGAUGAGCCCCUUCGGGCCCCUGGCGUACCCCAGCCGGCGCCCCGGCCUAGCCCGCCACUGCUCCUGCCGCCUGGGCUACCGCUCGCAGAGCUGCCCGGGCACCCACAGCCCCGAGAGGCUGCCCAGCGGCGCCUACUACAGGCCAGAGGGCACCUUGGAGCGCCGGCGGCUGGUCUACAGUAACAAUGGAGUCCACCUGCACCCUGCCGAGGGCUACCCCUGCCUGCCACAAGAGGCCGGGCCGGGGGAGAAGCGGCGGGUGUAUCGCUCCCUUUCCGAGGGCCUGCAGCCCCUCGCUCACCCCUACGCCUACGAACUGCCCCACAGCCCCAGCAGGCGAGAGGACCUGGCCUACAAGCCACCCAGCUACCGGGAGGUGCUGAUCCUGGAGGAGGAGCCCGGGUGCGGCUUGGAGCUGUGCCCAUGCCGGGACUGCCAGGAGAAGGCUCACGAGGAAGCUACCCUGCCCCCCACCGCCGCCUUCUACGGCCUGCACCUGGGCAGCCGCGAGCCUGAGGAGUGGGCCCACGAGAGUGCCAAGUCCCCCUUGUCCCGGGCAGGGCACCAUGGCCAGCCCGUGCCGUUGCUGAUGCCAGCCUCCUACAGCCAGCGCACCCGGGGGCAUCACGAGGUGUUUGACUUCGAGCCCACCCACGCCAAGAUGCCGGCGCACUUUGGCCACGGCUACCCGGCUCAGCCCAUGCCCGGCACCCACCAGAAGGGCCACCAGGGCAUGGAGCAGAGCCUGGAGCCCUUCCACUACCGCUAUGGCCCCCCCUACCCCGCCCUGCUGCCCCAUGGCACCUACGCCUGGAGCCCCCCCGCCCAGUGCCCCCAGCCACCCUUCUACGGCCGGUCCCCGGCCAGGCCCUGCGCCUCCCCACCGGACAUGCGGCCAUACACGCCAGGCUACCACUCGCCCCCGUCCGGCUCAGCGUCCCCCGUCAGCUCGGCCUACCCAGCCUCCAGGAACCAAAGCUACGAGCCCCAGUCCCCAGAGACAGGCCAGGGCUACCCACACCCGGGGCACCAGGACCGGACACCCGCUGAGAUGCAGGGCUGUGGGGAGGAGGCGCCCUGGCAAGACGUCCCUGGCUCCCCGCGCCAGCCCCACCGGGAGGCUCAUGCCGCCUGCCUCGCGCCCCCUGAGCUGUCGGGCCUGCCAACUCCUCUGCACACCAGCAGUCCGGUGCAGAGCAAAGACAGCCCCGCGAUGCCCAAAGGCGGCAACCCGGCUGCCAGCCUGCAGGAGAGCUCGGCGUGCUCCAGCCCCGAGGACACGGCCCCACCCAGCGCCAAGAGGACCCCAGAGAUGAGCUCAGCCCUGCCAGGGGCAGCGCCCGGCCCCACGCAGCCCCCUUCUCCGACACAGGCCUGUGCCCAUGAAGCCACCUCCAGGGCCCAGGUCAAUGGGCCGGCCCCGAGACAGCCCUGUCCCCGAGCCCACAGCCCCGCCAGCCUGCCCCAGGGCACCAGCCUAUCCAGGGUGAACCCAGGAGAAGCUCCAAGUCACCUGAAUGGCCCCAGCUGCCCAGCUGUCUCCCCUGAUUCACCCCCCAGCAAUGGGACCCCAGCGCACCUGCUGCCCCCUGGCAUGGACAGGUUGGCCCAGCGCAGCCCCCCGGGCACGCCUGUCCACAGCCCGGCCUGUGCCAGCUGCAGAGCGACAGCUACGCUCAGGAACCCAGCCUCCUACAACGGGCACCUGCCCAGUGACAGAGCCGAGCUGGCCCCGGGCACCCUGGCCCGCUGCCCCAAUGGCAGCCCCCUCCCGACCUGCAGUGCUCCCCAUUGCCCCAUUGCCUCCUACAGCCCCUCCGACCUGCAGUGCUCCCCGACCCCUGCCUUCCCCAUCGCUACAGCCUACUAUCCGGGCAGGGAGAGGAGCCCGCCGCCCCCGGGCUCCCCCAGCCAGGGCCACGCCCGCGAUUCGCCGCAGCAGCAGCCGCCGUUGCCCGAGAAGCGCCACACGCCAGCGGCUGGCAACUGGGAAAGGAGCUCGCCCCCAGGACGGGGCACCGGGACGGGCCACCAUGUCACCUUCGCGCCCGACACUGCCAGGCCGGACCCAGUAUCCCCAUCCGGCUCACCGGGGGCCCGCUCGUCCCUUUCAGACAUGCAGCCGGAGAGCCACAGCAACGUCAAAUUUGUCCAGGAUACAUCCAAGUUUUGGUAUAAACCCAACCUGUCCCGGGACCAAGCCAUCGCCCUGCUGAAGGACAAGGAGCCCGGCUGCUUCCUCAUCCGUGACAGCAACUCCUUCCAAGGUGCCUACGGGCUGGCUCUCAAAGUGGCGACUCCCCCGGCCAACUGCCUCACCCUCCCUUCGAAAGGUGACCCCAUGGAGCAGCUGGUGCGUCAUUUCCUGAUCGAGACGGGCCCCAAGGGGGUGAAGAUCAAGGGCUGCCAGAACGAACCCUAUUUUGGAAGCCUGCCCGCCCUGGUCUCGCAGCACUCCAUCACCCCUAUCUCUCUGCCCUGCAAGCUCCGGAUCCCCAGCAGAGAUCCCAUGGAGGAGACCCCGGAUGUGGCCAUCCCCACCAACGUGAGCACAGCGGCUGAUUUGCUGAAGCAGGGAGCAGCGCCCCCUGCUGGGAGAGGCUGGAUCCGGCGUAGACGGGAGCUCCCCUCCCCCAGUAUCGCUGUCACUUGGAGCCGAUAUAAUUUUACCUACUGA